AUGAACAAGAGGCUGGAGACGAAAAGUGGGUGGUUUUUGGAUACGGAGGAGGACGAGAAGGAGGAGAAAGAAGAGGAGGAGGAGAAGCAGGAGAAGGAGGAGAAGGAGGAGCAGAAGGAGAAGGAGGAGGAGGGGGAGGAGGAGGAGGAGGGGGAGGAGAAGAAGGAGAAGGAGGAGGAGGAGGAGAAGGAAGAGGAGGAUGGGGAGGAAGAGGAUGAGGAGGAGGAGGAGGAGGAAGAGGAGGAGGAGGGAGCGGAGGAAGUGGAGGAGAAGGAGGAGGAGGAGUAGGUGGAGGAUGAGGAGGAGGAAGAGGAGGAGGAAAAGGAGGAGGAGGAAGAGGAGGAGGAGGAAGAGGACGAGGAGGAAGAGGACGAGGAGGAAGAGAAGGAGGAA